GACCUGGAAGACAAAACAUUAAGGGUUUUUUUUUUUUUAAUAUGAAGCUUGUUUUAUAAAAGCAGGAUGUUUUUUGCAGUUUGACUUUACCUUAAGAAAAAGAUACUGGUAUUCAAUUGGCUCCAGAACUUGACAGGAAAAUACAAUUGUUCCCGAUGUCAAAUUCCAGCGACUCCUACUAUAAAUGAGGGGUUGGGCACUUGUUUGGAGCAGUUUAACUCUGAAGAUUAUUUACCUUGCUCUCCGAAGAACACUUUAGGACGAAAUGAGCGCAUCAGUGGCCGUAUAUAGAAAUAUAUACACUGAGGACCGCUUCAGACAGACGUAUGGUACGGAAGACCGGUCUGGAGGGAGAGAGCGGCUCCGCGACAGACUGGCGCAGAGAUGCAGCUGCUCUCAGGUGGACUGCCUUCACCUGGUCAAGAAGAGACUGCCCGUGUGCAGCUGGCUGCCAAAAUACAAGCUCAAAAAAUGGCUUUUAGGAGAUAUCAUAGCGGGACUGACUGUUGGAAUAGUACACAUUCCCCAAGGAAUGGCCUUUGCUUUGUUGACAUCAGUGGCACCUGUCUAUGGCCUUUACACAUCCUUCUUCCCUGUAGUUCUCUACAUGCUCUUCGGCACUGGUCACCAUGUUUCUACAGGUACCUUUGCUGUAUUGAGUCUGAUGACUGGUUCAGUUGUGGAGCAACUAGUUCCCAUCCCGCUCACUCUGAACUCCAGUAGCCCAGAGGCCGCAGAGUUUGAGGCCCAGAGAAUUGGGGUGGCAUCAGCUGUAGCAUUUCUCUCAGGCAUAAUGAUGCUCUGCAUGUGUGGUCUCCAGUUGGGUUUCCUUUCCACAUACCUCUCAGAACCGAUUGUUAAGGCAUUCACAAGUGCAGCCGCCUUCCAUGUGACCGUCUCGCAGCUGCAAAGCAUGUUGGGAUUACGGUUACCUCGAUUUGCUGGUGCCUUCUCUCUUUUCAAGACUCUGGCAUCAGUGAUGGAGAACGUGCCUCACACUAAUUUGGCUGAGCUGGUGAUCUCACUGCUCUGCCUGGCUGUUCUGGUGCCGGUUAAAGAGGUCAACUCACGCUUUCGGGAGCGUCUGCGCACUCCCAUCCCUGUGGAGAUCAUCACUGUAAUAAUUGCAACAGGAAUUACAUAUGCCUUUUCUCUGGAUUCCAAAUAUGACAUACAGAUAGUAGGACAUAUUCCAGCAGGCUUCCCUGAGCCACGGCUGCCUGCACUGGAGACUGUUCCAGAAAUUGCCGGUGACACAGUUGCUAUCACCCUUGUUGCCUACGCUGUGUCUGUAUCUCUAGCCAUGAUUUACGCUGAUAAGCAUGGAUACUCCAUUGAUCCAAAUCAGGAGCUUCUGGCACAUGGGAUCUCCAACACUGUGUCAUCUCUCUUUACCUGCUUCCCCAAUUCAGCUACACUGGCCACCACAAACAUACUGGACAGUGCCGGAGGUCACACACAGCUUGCAGGACUGUUCACAAGUCUGGUUGUUCUUAUUGUACUUCUGCUGAUAGGACCUCUCUUUUACUUUUUACCCAAGGCAGUGCUUGCAUGUAUAAAUGUGACCAGCCUGAGACAGAUGUUCCUGCUGUUUCAGGAUCUCCCAGACCUUUGGCGAAUUAGCAAAAUUGAUUUUAUGGUGUGGAUUGUGACCUGGCUGUCAGUAGUUGUGCUAAAUGUAGACCUGGGACUGGCCAUUGGGGUGGUCUUCUCCAUGAUGACAGUUAUUUGUCGCACACAGAGGGCCAACUGCUCUGUGUUAGGAAGAGCCGCUAACACGGAGAUUUACAGAUCCAUCAACAACCAUAAUAAAUGCUAUGAAGUCCCAGGUGUGAAGAUCCUGACCUACAAUGGGCCCAUCUACUAUGGGAACCGCAGCUUUUUUAAGGCUGAUAUGGCUCAGCUUCUGGGCCUCACCCCUGAGAGGAUACGCAGCCGAGAGAAAGCCCUGAAGGCCAUAGAGAAGAGAGAGAGAGAGGCCAUUAACUCUGUAGAACAAGGAGUUACAGACAGUUCAUUUUCUUCAAAGAAUGACUUGUUCAGAUCAGAGAUGGCUGAGGGUGAAGUCCAGGCUGUGUUGAUAGACUGCAGCAGUGUUAUUUUCGUGGAUGUUGCUGGAGCUCGGUUAUUCACACAGAUGUGCAUGGAGUGCCAGAAGAUAGGGGUACGCAUAUACCUGGCUAACUGCAAUGAGAGUGUACUGAAGAUUCUCACAUCCAGUGGGCUGAUGAACUACAUGAAUCCUCAGCAUAUUUUUGUUACAGUUCAUGAUGCAGUGGUCUACAUACAACAGCAACGGGAGAAACCUCCUGAGAACAACACAACGGUAUGGGUGUGAUUUAUCUGACAGAAAUUACUGCAAGACUGAGACUCAAAACAGGACCUGAGAAACCAGUGGAUGACUUCAAGUGUGUCAUUGAAAAACUUCAAGUCAUUCCAAAAUUUAUUUUGACUCAACAUGCUGUUAUGAGUUUGUCAGGGCUAUCAGUGGUUGUUUAGCAGUAAAAAGCUGUAGUGACUGUUGUGUUCAUUACAUGCUAAAGGCUUUUUCACAUCAAGUCGAAUGUUCGGUGUGAAAAUUUAUAGCCAUAAAGAUUUUAAUGUGAAUGAACGACCAGUAAUAUGUGACCAGCAAUGUAAUGGAUUUUUUAAUGGAGAGGUGUUCUAAUCUCUUUUCCAUUGCACUGGUAAAAAAAAAACUGGUCAACCAAUUAGAUUCAUGCUUUGGGUCGAUUUUUGCUGAUCGACAGUUAAUAGCUUGGCUGCCUUGUCUCUAUACUCUUGGUGUUGGUUAAUAAACACCAAAGCAAAAUACAAAAAUCUGAACCGCUGUUUGAAAACAUGUAUAUAUUUUUUGACUUGCUUCCUAUUCCUAUUAUUUUGGUGUACUGGAAUAACUAGUGUUUUUAUAACUUUUAUAAAUGCCAUCUACUGUCAGAAAGUAAAGCUGUAUUUUUAUUCAGCCUCUUUGUGUUUUAUGCAUUGGUCUAAAUAUAUGUGCCGAACAUUCAUGUUGGUGUGAACUAGCCUUAACCUGCACAAACAUGCACUAACAGCAGUGUUAAAGAUAUUUGUAGCCCUGCAAACUCCAUGUGCAGGCAAAAAAGAUAAAAUAUAGUUAUUUUUUUGAUUAUGUAUGUCUGAAUCUUUCAAUUUAUCAAAAGUGUCUGAAUGUUUUUUUAAUGAAAAUGGAUGUUCUGAUCUUAUACUGUUGUCAUCAUUUACUUUCAGAGUAUACAAAAUGCUGUAAAUGUUACUAAAAUGUCCUUCUAUAAGCUAUAUGUAUUAUUUAUGCAAUAUUCAUAUUUUACCAAGAGACUAAACCAAGAAAUAAUGAUUUAUUUUGCAAUAAAUAUUUUUCUCUUUCA